AUGUCGGCUUGGACAGGUACCAUUUUUGGAGGAAAAAACUGGAAAAAUUCGAAUAUGUUCAUCGUCUUCACAAUGUCCCACCGGUUACUACUGCAGUGA